AUGGGAUGUACUCUGAGCGCAGAGGAGAGAGCCGCCCUCGAGCGGAGCAAGGCGAUUGAGAAAAACCUCAAAGAGGAUGGCAUCAGCGCCGCCAAAGACGUGAAAUUACUCCUGCUGGGGGCUGGAGAAUCAGGAAAAAGCACCAUUGUGAAGCAGAUGAAGAUCAUCCAUGAAGAUGGUUUCUCUGGAGAAGACGUGAAACAAUACAAGCCUGUUGUCUACAGCAACACUAUCCAGUCCCUGGCAGCCAUUGUCCGGGCCAUGGACACUUUGGGCAUCGAGUAUGGUGACAAGGAGAGAAAGGCUGACGCCAAGAUGGUGUGUGACGUCGUGAGCCGGAUGGAAGACACUGAGCCCUUCUCUGCAGAACUGCUCUCUGCCAUGAUGCGACUCUGGGGUGACUCAGGGAUCCAAGAGUGCUUCAACCGGUCUCGGGAGUAUCAGCUCAACGAUUCUGCCAAAUACUACCUGGACAGCCUGGAUCGGAUCGGGGCCGCCGACUACCAGCCCACCGAGCAGGACAUCCUCCGAACCAGGGUCAAAACCACCGGCAUUGUAGAAACCCACUUCACAUUCAAGAACCUCCACUUCAGGCUGUUUGACGUCGGGGGCCAGCGAUCUGAACGCAAGAAGUGGAUCCACUGCUUCGAGGACGUCACGGCCAUUAUCUUCUGCGUCGCGCUCAGCGGCUAUGACCAGGUGCUCCACGAAGAUGAAACCACGAACCGCAUGCACGAAUCCCUGAAGCUUUUCGACAGCAUCUGCAACAACAAAUGGUUCACAGACACGUCCAUCAUCCUGUUUCUUAACAAGAAGGACAUAUUUGAAGAGAAGAUCAAGAAGUCCCCGCUAACCAUCUGCUUUCCUGAAUACACAGGCCCCAGCGCCUUCACGGAAGCCGUGGCCUACAUCCAGGCCCAGUACGAGAGCAAGAACAAGUCAGCCCACAAGGAGAUCUACACCCACGUCACCUGUGCCACGGACACCAACAACAUCCAGUUUGUGUUUGACGCCGUGACGGACGUCAUCAUCGCCAAAAACCUGCGGGGCUGUGGACUCUACUGAGCCCGCCACCCUGCCCGGCCGCCCACUUCCCUCCGCCCUGCCCGGCCCGCUGCCCCUUCCCUCCCUGGAACCAGGGCUCCACCACCUCUCAGACCACCCUUUGCACUUGAUGGAGAAGACCCCGGAGGCAGAUGGGGGAGGGGAGGAGGAGGAGGAAGCAUCCUCCACACCCCGCCCCCCCUCCUCUGGCGUCAGAACACGUGGUAAUGCGGUAGCCCGCGAGCCGUGCUGCGGGAGCCACCACGCAUUAAGAGUGCAGACUGGGCCUGUCACCACAGGCCGACUUCUGGCCUCUGCGUCAUCUCUAAGUGUUCUAUCUGGGCUGGGGCAUGAGGGGCCGAGACGGCCGCUGUUUGGCCCAGAGUAGGCACGCCCUGUGCUUAGCGACUCAAACUUGAGGUCUCCAAGUGGUCUGGGAUUGUGCAGUGGCAGCAAGGCCCUGCCUGACGCUGCCAGGUGGAGGGAAUGGGGAAGGCAGCGGCAGCCGUCCCUCAGCCUUGCCUGGGGUCUCUGGUCUAGGGCAGCUCCGUCGUCGCCAAUAUCCAUGGGGUGACCAGGCCAACUUGGUGCUGGUCCCAGGACCCAGGCCCGGGGGAGUGCCUCUCUGCUCUCUCCCCCUGGGUCUCAGGCUGAGCCUGACUGACUGCAAAGGUAGACUGGGGAAGGGGCCGGCAGUCUGGGGCUGGACAGAGUGGGAGGUGGUGGGCAAGGGGAGGCUAAGGGAAGCCUCCUGUGUGAGGAGGGUGUCCCACCCACUCUUUAGUUGUCCCCAGCUGGGGGGCUGCUCUGGGAGCUCCCAGGAGUGAGUGGACAGGGUGUUCCUUGCCUCGUUUCACAGCGAAUCCAACUAAACCAACAGGAAGGGCAGGGGGCCUUUGGACUGGGGUUCUAUAGUUGGAGAGGCCUGGGAAGGGCAUGCCAGGCCCCUGCUUCCCUCCGUCUUGGUGAGAAAAUCAGGAGGUAUUUCACAGCCCUGACGUCUUCCCAGCCCCUGGCACAAGGAACGCAGGUGGAGGUGAGCACCCUCACUCUAGGGGAGAACCCUAUGGUCCUUUAGAGUGGGUUAGCUAUGGAGAUGCCUGAGCAGAAAGGGUGGGAUGGCUUCUCAUGGCAACCCCGACCCGUUCUGGCUUGAGCAAUCCACACACCUCUCUCACUCCUGGGUGCCUCUCAUUGGCUGACCAUAGCCAACACCUCAGGCAGGCCCUAUGUGCUUAUAUGGUCCUAUGCCGAGAUACCCGACAUGCCAUGGAGGAGAGAGGACCACCCUUUGAGGGCCCCUCCUCAAACCCUCUGUUCUCUCGGCCACCACCCUGGGCGCUCAGUCCUGGGCCAGGCGGAAGCCCUGAGCUUCUACAUGCAGCCCCCUGGACGUCCCCAGAGCCAGGAAGAACUCCCUACCAACAACCUUGUUGAUUUCAGCAGUGCCUGCAAGAUUCAGAAGCCCUUUCCUCGUGCCAAAUGCCUGCCGGGCUGGGCCUCCGGGAGCCCCUCCCUGGUCAGGCCAUCUUGCUGCCGCCUCUGGUAGCCCCACCCUGUGAGCCUAAGUCCACUUCUAUUUGCUUUUUUUCCCCUCCCACCUCCAUCGUGUCCUGAACCUUGUACCAGGUGCUUGGACAUGGCAGAGGACAGGCCCUUGGAGCCAACAGUCUCCGUGCCCUGCUGUGGCAGUCAGGGCCAGUUAAAGCCAUUUGUCCAGCAUUGAAAGCAGAAGUUAUUUCCUGGCAUCCCCUCCCUAGGUGUGGCCAGCUGCCCCUAACUCUGUCUCAGACUAUGACCCCAGACCCCAAAGCAGCUGGCUGGAAGGGGCUGCUGGUCACCAGCCUUUCUAUGGGCAUCACCCAGAGGUGGAAGCCCCUGGCCUGUACUCUAGCCCAGGGCUCCCACCUGCCCCAGGUACCUCCCUCUAGCCGGAGUGGCCAGAGUGCUGGGCUGGAGUCAGGACUGGGAUCCGGCCCUUCCUGCCUGUAGAACUGGGGGUGGAGGAGCAGGCUGCCGAGGCCUGCCUGCCUCCCACUUGGCUGCCUUUCCUCGCGUCCCGCUCAGUUUUGUGUGUUACUCUCAGCUCUCCCACCCGGCGUGCUGGGGGGCCUCGGCUGUGCAGUGGGAGCCCUCACAGAGAGGGUGACAGGGAGAAAUGUCUGUGGUUCUCUUCUCCAUGCCUCCUACCCGUGUCAUUACCAGCGGCUCCACCGUGGGGAGGGACCACUGAGUGUGACCGAUGAGUUUUGGCUCCGCCGUGGAUAUGGGUAUGGGGGAGAUGUGAGUGACUGGAUCUGGCUGGUCUCUUGUCCACAGCGAUGCUCUGUGCGUUUCCAAAGGGGCCAUGUAAACUCUCGGAAUGCCUCUAAUUUAGCAGGCCCAGGGAACACUGGUUUCUAGGAAGGGUGCCUUUGCCAACCUUGUGAAAACUGUGCCUGCCACAAAGAUGCCUGUGGGCAAGCCCCGUGCCCUAUACCGAGACUACCCUAGAGGCAGGUCUUAGCCUUCCACCUGAGCCCCGCUAGAGGUCUCUGAGGCUCCUAGCCUCGCUGGAGGGGCUGGGGGUACUUGAGGCCCAAGGAUGGGCUCUGGCCUGAGGAGGGCGUGGGGUCUUCCCAGCCCUGCAGAGAGCACAACCUAGGCCCUCGCCGAGAGCUUUGGCAUUCUGGGUUCUGUGGUGCCUGCUGCGGAGACCACUGAGGUCCAGCACCCGGUCCCUUUCUCUCCACUCCGGCCCCAGCGUGGGGGCCUGUGGCUACAGACUCCUUCGUAGGUCUGGGAGGAACCCGGGCAGCAGAGCACACCCAUACCUGGUUCCAGAGGCAGCUCUGCCCCUGGCUAUACUCCACACCCCACAGAGGCACCCCUGCCCUCCACUGGGCACCACUGGGUACCCCCAGGGGCAUGCAUUGUCAAGUCCCCUCACCCUGAGCCUUAUCACACUGUCUGCAGACUCUCAACAGGGAAUGCUCAAGUCAUCUCACCCCAACUCUCCCCUUCUGCCAGGGGGGGCCUGCAGGGGAGUUUACUCCACACGCUCCCACCUGGCAGCUUCGCAGGCUGGGCCCCGGUGCCUGCUCCUGGAAGUUCUUAUUUCUACCCUGAUUCUUCCUGGCCCUCCCCGCCCCCUUUUUUGUUCCUUGGUCUAUACUCCUCAGUCCUCCUGGCAAGUCCACCACAAGGCCAGUGGUUAUUUAGUGAUCCCUCAGGCUCUGUCCCCCAGGCCAGGAUCCCCACCUCCCCAUGUUUUCACAUGCCGGGGGCAAGAAGUCACUUCUGGCUGCCUCUGCUCUCCUCUGAGCCUUCUAGAAGCCCAGCAGUUCUUGGGAACUGACACCUGAGGCUCCGGCUCCAUGGCCAUCUGAGGUGCUAGAGGCAAGUCCCUCCCGCACCCACCCUGAGUGACAGUUCCCCCAGCCGGGUCACAGCCUACAGAGUUAAGGGUCCCAGUAGCCGAGGCUACCAGGGACAGGUUGUGAGCUGCUGUCUGGGGUCUGUGCUCAGGCUCCCCCUUCCCCAUCCCCUCAGCAAAGAGUCCUGAACCCACUCUGCCCCAGGAGUGGAACUGGGCCUCUGGACAGAGUCCACUGUAGCCAGGUGAAGGCCCUGGCAAGGAAGGGGCAGGUUGGGCAAAAGCAGGAAGAGUGACCUCCAAUCUAAUCAGGACCCUUGUGGUCAGAGAGGGGCCCUCUGGGGAGGAAGGUUCUCAUCCCCAAGCUCACCCGCGUCAACUCCCAGCCCUCCCCAGCAGAGCCACAGUGCCCCCGACCCCCACCUCCACCGUCCACGUCCACCCUGCCAGCUCCGGGCAGCCAGGCUUUCGUUUCCUCCUCCUCUCUACCCGUCCUGGUUCCACCCUGUCCCUGGCUCAUUUUCCCCAUUCUGCCCGUCCUUGGCCUCCUAUGCCCCCCUCCCUGCAGCCUACCUGCUCCCCUCCCCCAUCCUAGGCUGGGGUGGCCUUGGGUACCCACUCCCUCCUGAGCAGAGCCUUCUCCCUUAGGUGCAGUGGUCCCACCUCCCAACCCCGCCGCUACCACCCACCUCAUAUUAACUGUAAUUUUGUAAGAAGAGUGACUUGUUGGUUUAAUAAAUCUCUAGCUAUUGUAAUAAUU